AUGUCGUUUGUGGCUGCGAAGACGGAUGGAGAUUUCGUGGGGAAAUUGGUAAUCAAAGCCCAAUUGGGCGAUGACUUGCGUCGCAUUCUCAUCCACAAUGAAGAGCUAACCUAUGACGAGCUCAUAUUGAUGAUGCAGCGUGUAUUUAAACCCAAACUUGAUUACUUGGAAAGCUUUACCAUAAAAUACAAGGAUGAGGAUGAUGAGUAUAUUACUAUCGCAGAGGAGUUUGACUUAUCCUACGCCAUUCGUCAGUACAAAACAUUACGCCUGAAGCUCGUCGUUCCUCAGGCAGCGGAGUUAUUCGCCAAUGAAGCUAUAUAUGGCGAAAAUACCAGACACUCACUUGACAUCGAAGGUUUAUUCACAGAAAUCAAGCGUCUUCGUGAAGAAUUUAGCAAACUUUCGGAGAAAUUUGACCAGUUUAUGCAAGAUUCUAAGCAGGAAUCGAAGAUGAAUUCUCGCAGUGCUGCUGCCUCUCCGUCUCCUGAGAGGUCUUCGGAACCGCUUUGUGACGAUGGUGCCCUGCCUGCUUCAUCGGAUGAACCGCCCAAACUUAAUCAUGCUCCAUUUCCACCACAGGACUCGUCAGCUCCACCUUUUGAAUCGACGUUGAGGAAGCCAUUAUUGUCGCAGCCUUCGGAACAGCAGCCAACCGUUCCCGCAUCAUUGCCUCCACCUAUUUCAUCAGUGCCCGUCUUACAGCAUGAAGCACUACCUUGGUCGGUAGUGACCACAAUGAGGACACCGCCGACAUCCUCAAUCACGGGGGUUGCACCGACGCCGCCACAGCCACCGCAGCAUCUCGCUUCAUCCGCAGGCAGUUUUUUACCACUAGGCUCCAUCCCACCUACACAGACACAAAUGCAACAGCAACACGCGCUAUUGCCCGCCACUAACAUGGCUUCGUCUCAUCUGUCCACCUCGCAGCCUACUCUCCAGCCGCCCGGUCCACGUCCUGCUUUCAUGAGUGGGCCGCCAAUGCCACCUCCACAGCAGUCGCAGCAGCAGCAAUCUAUUCCACCACCACGGCCACCACAACUUUCUGCGGCGUCUGCAACUCCGCCCCCGAUUGCUGGUCAGUUCCAGUCACACAUGCCCCCACAAGUGUCCAUGAUACCGCCAUUGUCGGGCGCCAGCAGCAUUGUUCCACCGCCACCACCGAUGCCAUUGGCAGGCGGUCGAUUCCCCACCUCGAUGGUGCCACCACCACCACCGCAGCCAGGCGUGCCACCACCGCAUUCGGGCGUUCCACCACCACCGCCGCAGCCAGGCGUGCCACCUCCACCGCAUUCGGGCGCGCCACCACCACCACCGCAUCCAAGUGUGUCAUCACCACCACUCCAGCCGGGCGCGCCACAACUACAGGCGGGGAUGCAGCGAAUGCCACUGCAGCUUGGCGGUCCGCCCUCAGGCCCCUUCGGUGCUCCGAUGCCGCCACCGCCUACCCUCGGUGCUUAUGAUCAGCGCCCUGCACUGUAG